CACAUCCGGGUCUGGAGCGCGGCCGCCGCUGUCACUGUUGGUGCGGGCGCGUCGGGGCCGGGCCGGGGCGCUGUAAAUGGCGGCGGAGGGAGGCGGAGCGGCGGCCACGCUCAGCCCAGAUCCCCCGAAACUUUAGGUUCGAAGCCCCACAACUUUCCGGGAAGCGCUGCCGCUCCGGAGGCGUGGACGGAAGGGGAAGCCGAGGCGGGAAGUCUGGGGGAAUCGGCAGGGAGCCGGGGAGACUCGAACCCGCGGCGGGGGCGGAGUCCGCCAGUGCCUCGCGCCUCCGCGGCCCCCGCCUCUUUCUCUGCACCCUCCCCGCGGCCGCGGCCGGGGCCGGAGUCGGAGCCGCAGUCGCAGCCGCAGCCGCGCGCUGCGCCGAGCCCGGGACUGCGCCGGGCCUCACAGGCGGCGGCGCGCCGAGCGCAGCCGGGCCCCCUCCUCGCGACCUCCGGGCCCUGUUGCUCGGGCGCACCUGGCGCGUGUGAGGCCGGGGCAGGCGGCAUCGGGAAGCUAGCAGGAGGCCGGGCCACGGGCAGCCCCUGCCGGCCCAGGGUCCUGGGGCCGGGCCCCGAGUAGUGCAUGCGGGGCGGGGCGGCCGUGAGCCGGAGGCGAAGAUGGAAGGCUUAACGCUGAGCGAUGCGGAGCAGAAAUACUAUUCAGAUCUCUUCUCCUACUGCGACAUUGAGAGCACCAAGAAGGUGGUGGUCAACGGGCGGGUGCUGGAGCUGUUCCGGGCCGCGCAGCUGCCCAACGACGUGGUCCUACAGAUCAUGGAGCUUUGUGGUGCAACAAGACUUGGUUAUUUUGGAAGAAGUCAGUUCUACAUUGCUUUGAAACUUGUAGCUGUUGCCCAGUCUGGUUUCCCUUUAAGAGUGGAAAGUAUAAAUACAGUAAAGGACCUUCCUCUGCCAAGAUUUGUUGCUUCAAAGAAUGAACAGGAAUCUCGCCAUGCAGCCUCAUAUUCUUCAGAUUCUGAUAAUCAAGGGUCGUAUUCUGGUGUAAUUCCCCCACCACCUGGCAGGGGGCAAGUGAAAAAGGGAUCCGUAAGCCACGAUACGGUUCAGCCUCGUACAUCUGCAGAUGCACAGGAACCUGCAUCCCCAGUAGUUUCACCACAGCAAUCCCCACCAACUUCUCCACACACAUGGAGGAAGCACAGCCGUCAUCCCAGCGGUGGGAAUAGUGAGAGGCCUCUUGCGGGACCUGGGCCAUUUUGGUCUCCCUUUGGUGAAGCACAAUCAGGUUCUUCUGCUGGUGAUGCAGUGUGGUCAGGGCAUUCCCCACCUCCACCUCAAGAAAACUGGGUCAGUUUUGCAGAUACUCCACCAACCAGUACUCUUUUAACCAUGCAUCCUGCUUCUGUCCAGGACCAGACAACAGUACGAACUGUAGCAUCAGCUACAACUGCCAUUGAAAUUCGUAGGCAAUCCAGUAGUUAUGAUGAUCCCUGGAAAAUAACAGAUGAACAAAGACAGUAUUAUGUAAAUCAGUUUAAAACCAUUCAGCCUGAUCUAAACGGAUUUAUUCCAGGAUCUGCAGCUAAAGAGUUUUUUACAAAAUCAAAACUUCCUAUUCUUGAACUUUCUCAUAUUUGGGAACUCUCAGACUUUGAUAAAGAUGGUGCAUUGACACUGGAUGAGUUUUGUGCUGCUUUUCAUCUGGUGGUUGCUAGGAAGAAUGGCUAUGAUUUACCAGAAAAACUUCCUGAAAGCUUAAUGCCCAAACUGAUUGAUUUGGAAGAUUCAGCAGAUGUUGGGGAUCAGCCAGGUGAGGUAGGUUAUUCAGGCUCUCCUGCUGAAGCUCCUCCAAGCAAGUCACCAUCGAUGCCAUCACUAAACCAGACAUGGCCUGAGCUGAAUCAGAGCAGUGAGUGGGAGACAUUUAGUGAACGCUCUUCAAGCUCACAAACUCUGACCCAAUUUGAUUCUAACAUUGCACCAGCUGAUCCUGAUACUGCUAUUGUUCAUCCAGUUCCCAUUCGUAUGACUCCAAGCAAAAUCCACAUGCAGGAAAUGGAACUUAAAAGAACUGGCAGUGAUCAUACAAAUCCCACUAGCCCAUUACUUGUGAAACCAUCUGACCUUUCAGAAGAAAAUAAGAUAAAUUCAUCGGUGAAAUUUGCUUCUGGUAAUACUGUAGCAGAUGGUUACAGUAGUUCAGACUCUUUUACUUCUGACCCAGAACAGAUCGGGAGCAAUGUAACUCGUCAAAGGUCUCAUUCAGGAACGUCGCCUGAUAACACUGCACCACCACCUCCCCCUCCAAGGCCACAGCCCUCUCAUUCUAGAUCAUCGUCUUUAGAUAUGAAUCGGACCUUUACAGUCACCACAGGACAACAACAGGCUGGAGUUGUUGCCCAUCCUCCUGCAGUGCCUCCAAGACCACAGCCCUCACAGGCUCCUGGUCCCGCUGUGCAUCGCCCAGUGGAUGCCGAUGGCCUCAUAACUCACACUAGUACCUCACCUCAGCAGAUACCAGAGCAACCAAAUUUUGCAGAUUUCAGCCAGUUUGAAGUAUUUGCUGCAUCAAAUGUAAAUGAAGAACAAGAUGAUGAAGCCGAGAAACAUCCAGAAGUCCUGCCGGCUGAAAAAGCUUCUGAUCCUGCAAGUUCUCUUCGAGUUGCCAAAACAGAUAGUAAAACUGAAGAAAAGACAGCUGCUAGUGCUCCCGCCAAUGUGAGCAAAGGCACAACACCACUUGCUCCACCACCUAAACCUGUUCGAAGAAGAUUAAAAUCAGAAGAUGAAUUAAGGCCAGAAGUUGAUGAACAUACACAAAAGACGGGUGUCUUAGCUGCUGUUCUUGCAUCACAACCUUCUAUUCCCAGAUCUAUUGGGAAAGAUAAGAAAGCUAUUCAGGCAUCAAUUAGACGUAAUAAGGAAACCAACACCGUUUUGGCCAGAUUGAAUAGUGAAUUGCAGCAACAAUUAAAGGAUGUUCUUGAGGAGAGAAUUUCCCUGGAAGUUCAACUGGAACAACUUCGACCAUUCUCUCACCUAUAAGCCAAUUGCCGUUAACUGUGAACAUACUUGUUUUUAAGUGGUUUUGGGUUCAAAGCCAAUUUGGAGACCCAAACAUUCAGCUCACUGCUUAAUUCAACAUUAAAUUUUAUGAUUCUGUUUUGCCCUAUAUGUUCACCAUUGUAUUUAAGUAUCUUUUAUUUUUUAAUUUCGACAAUAAAAAGGUCAGGAUGACGUUU